AUGGCACCAAAGCCUAAAAGAGGGCUCUGUUGGCCCACAAACAAUCACAAGCAAGACCAAGUCUUCCCCUUCACCAAGCCCGGCUCCAAGGUAUCGUGGCUCUACAACUGGUCUCCCAAUCCAACCCCAGACUCAAAGACUCUCGAGUUCGUGCCCAUGCAAUGGAACAACGCCGGCAUGGACCAGCUGCAGUCGAAAGUGAAGCAAGUGGAUGCCACACGUGUUCUCGGGUUCAAUGAACCAGAACUACCCGACCAGUCCAACAUGCCCGUUGAGCUUGCCGUGUCAAACUGGCUUCAACACAUGGAGCCGCUGCGGAAGGCUGGGAUACGCUGCGGUAGUCCUGGCAUCUCGUCCGCUCCCCAAGGUGUGGCCUGGCUUCAGGACUUUCUGCGGAGGAUCCGCGAUGGCGGCAGUGAUAUCGAUUUUUACUGCUUCCAUUGGUACGGCGAGACGCUUGGGCAGUUCUAUGACUACAUCUGGUCAACAUACCACCAACUGGGCCCGAACAAGCCUGCAUGGAUCACUGAGUUCGCUUGUACGAACUGGCAGAUCGACAACCCGUUGCCUCGAGAUCAUGUAGAGAGCUUCGCCAGAGACAGCGUCAAGUAUCUCGAUACUUUGGACUGGGUCGAGCGGUAUGCGUGGUUUGGCCCGAUGAGGGAUACGGGGACUGUUGGGAAGUGGGCGAGAAUGCUGGAUGAUGAAGGAAAGUUGACGCAGCUUGGAAAGAUGUACAGAGAUGCGUAG